AUGAGUGACCUCACCCCCGAAGUUCUCAGUGACUGCAACAACUGCCGUGCCAAACUUCCAGUGCCUAAUAAAUGGGAGAUACAACACAUGUUCAGCGUCGAAAAGUUUCUGGACAGCGGGGAGUUCACAGAUUUCGAGUUCCGAGUGAAGCCCGAGAACUAUCCCGACAUUGCCGAACGGAAGUUUCAUGUGCACAAACAGUUCCUCGCCAUGAGAAACGAAGUGUUCUACGCGAUGUUUUUUGGAGACUUGGCCGAGCAAACCGAAGUGGUCGUCACUGACGUACAUCCAGACGGCUUUGAUUUGCUGCUCAGGUUCUUCUACUCCGGUAAGCCCAAGAUAAAAAGCAUCAACGACGCGCUGCACGCGAGGUUCGCUGCCAGGAAGUACCUGGUUCAGGGGCUCAAAGAGGCUUGCAGUGACUACAUAGCGACAAAUCUCAAGGCUGAUGGGCUGUGCUCUUUCAUAGACUACUACAUGCAAAGCCGCGAGCCAGAAAUGGACGCCAUCGUGGAUUCACUCCUGAUGUCCAGUGGCCCGGCCAUCCUCACCUCGAAGAAGUUCAACUUUGCCCUCGAGGAAACUGUUCGGUACAUCGUGGAUAAAAUCAGGAAGGUUCCUGAAGAUAGCUUGAUUAGAGCAGUGUUCGGCUGGGCCCAGGAACAGUGCGUCAAAAGUCUGCAGUCGGACACCCCGAUCGAAAUCAAGGCACUCAUGCGCUCUUUCUUUCCCAAGCUGCGUUUCUUGACCAUGACAGCAGAAGAGUUCGUAAUGGGACUCAGUACCUGGGGUCUGCUCAACGACGCCGAGAAUCUUGCAAUACUUCGCAAUAUCGUAAAGAGGGGAUCUCAGCCGCUGCCGGAAGGGUUCUGCAAUGACACCACCGGUCGCUUCUAAUCAUGCAAGCAGUGAUACUCUCCAUGUCACACAGGAACGUGUGGAAGCGGUUUAACUUUUCGUGGUUUCUCUAUAUAUGCUACUGGCGAUUACGGCCACGCAGUUCUAUUGAGCACAAGUUGAUGUUUAUUAUGUUUAGCUGCGGGUCAAUAAAGUUUUGUUUAUUAAGGAUCUGCUGAUCUGCUAACGUCA